AUGAUCAUAAAAUUAGUUGUGCUGAUAUUAUGCGUGAUUGCAUCAGAUAAUUGGUAUCAACAGCAUAAAUAUUUUAACACCACCACUUUAACGGACACUGAAGGUAUUAUUAAUAUAUAUUUAGGCUGGUGGGUUCAGGGAAAUAAUGGAUAAAAUAUUAGCACUUGUGAUGGCGUUUAAAUGUUUGGAGGUUAUAAUGUUUUUGGAAAGGGGACAGUUGUUUCGAACUUACUUCCUUUAGAUCCGCAUUGUAAAAUACGCGUUACUUUCUAGUUUUGGAAGUAUUUAUGAUUAUUAAGUUAAGAAUAGAUAGUUGGGAUAAUGAAAUCGUAUAUUUUAUACUAGAUGAUAAAGUUUAAACUGGGACUUGGUAUUGGGAUACGGGAGAUGUUAAAUGCGGGAAUCCAGAACAUCCGAACGAAUGGAAAGAAGUUAUAGUAGAAGAAAAAAUCGAAUUUUUGCACUAAGAACCCACGCUUGCUGUAAUAAUCAAAACUAAUUUAGAUGAAAUUCCUUAUAAUGUAUUCAUAUAAUUAAUCAAGGAAUCUUGGGGAUUUAGAAAUUUUAUAGUGGAGGUAGUCCUGUGUUCACCAGGCUGUAUAAGAUGUAGUAAUGAUACACCUGAUGAAUGCUUAUAUUACAUACCAAUAGAAGUGAAUUGGUUUGACAGUUUUAAUUUUGAUGGGUGGCUUCUUAAUAAUUAAUAGUUUGUUGGCAUCAGCCUAUGUGUCAACAUGACGGUAAUAGGAGGAGUUGGUCUUAUUUCAGGAAAUUAAUAGUUAGCAAAGAAAUAUACAUCUUUGAUCCCACAUUAUAAACUAAUAUUAUAGGUUCAGUUUUGGAAAUUUGACUUUUGGAAUAAUAAUAAAUUCACUUUAGAGAUUGAUGGGCAAAAAAUUUAAGAAGAAGUUUUUAAUUAAUAUGAGGUUUUUCCUCUUUGUGGUGAUAGCAGUGGGGGUGAAAAGUUAUUAGACAUUCGCCAGGAGUUGACUCAUACAUCUGAUAGUCUGUAAAUUUGUAUGUAUUCUGACCUUAUUGCUACAAAUGCUUUUUGGGGAUUACGAGGCUUUAGAUUAUUUCUAGCAAAAUGCGAUGACACAUGCCUUACUUGUUCUGGACCAAAAAAAAAUGACUGUUAAUCUUGUCAACCUGGAUAUAGACAUUAAAAUAAUGAGUGUUUAGAUGGUAUAUUUAAAAUAAUAUUUUAGUAAAAUGGAUCUUGGGUUUAUAACAAUAUUUCUAACCUUAAGAUUUUCAAACUCAACCUGGUUGGACUAUAUCAAAUAUUUACUAUAAUCAAUCUCCAUUUUAAAUAUGUGCUAAUGCCAAUCUAGUAGGAGGGUACUCAUUGUUAUCUAAGGAUUCUCAAAUAGCCUUAACUAUGGAUUUGCCUAAACAUACAAAAGUAAGAGUCAAAGUAUAAUUUUGGAAAUUUGAUACUUGGGAUAAUGAAUGGUUUCAAGUAUAUGCAAAUGGAAAUCGAGUUUACUAAGAAUAGUUUGGAUUUACUGGAGUUCAAGUAAUUUGUGGAUCAACUACUUCUAAUGCUUAUGCAAAGUAUUUGGAUUUUGAAUUUGUUCACAGUAACCCAACUAUCAAUUUAGUUAUGACCACUACUUUAAAUGAAAAUGCACUUAAUGAAUCAUGGGGAAUCAGAAAUUUUUAAUUAUUUUACGGAAUUAUACAGGAAUGCAGCUAUUCUGUUAUUGAGACCUUUAGUUUACCUUCAUUCAUAGGAACUAAGCAUAUUUAAACAACUUUAUAUUCAUUUGAUCAAUCCUUGUAAAAUAAAUUGGUAAUAUCUGAACUCGGGAUCACUCUAUAUCCUGAAUUUGAUGAAACAAUAACUGUUGACUCUUCAAUUGAAAAAUUGACAAUCUCAAUCAUUUGGAAAUGUUUUUAAACUGAUCUAAAUUUUUCCAUUACUAUAUUACAAAGCAGUUACCCAGAUUACAAAACAGGAACAGCUGUUUGUAAUAGAAAACGAUCCAAUGUAUUAAACUCCUUGGUGGUUUUGGAAAGAAUAAUAAAAUAAGAAUCAUAACUUAGGUUAGUAGCUACUUCAACAUCGAUUUAGAUAACUUAAAUAGUAUAAACUUAAACUAUAAAGUAAUACGAAAUUGUAAUUAACUGA